AUGGGCACAAAAUUCAUUGCUCUGAACGAUGUCAGGGUGCCAGGCUUCCCAAAUGCGCGUGUCCAGCUGGACAGAGCACCCAUCAAGAUGGUCAACGACAUGGACGGAAAAUUCACUGAGCACACCGACACAAGCAACCUGACCACUGCUGUUGGCAUCACGACUGUACUCUUCAGGUGGAAUCCUGAUGCAUUCAACGCGUUCAUCGACAUCGACGCCUGGUUCUCCUUCACAUGGACCCUGACCAUCCAGGAUGAGAUGAAAAUCGAAAUUGGACGCGUGGAAAACCAGAUUACCAUGGGAACACUAGAUGCUGAAGGCGAAAAGUGGAAGCUCAUGUUGACGUUCAACAUCACUGCCGAGGGACCUCAGAAGGGAGCUUGGGUGCCUAAUCCUGCUGAGAGCAUGCUCGGCGACGAUGACCUUACAGACCCUGCGCAAAUCGACAAACUGGCUAGGGAAUUCGUUAGAGAUUUGAUCCUCAAGCAACGCUGGUUCACGGGCAAGAAGAUGCAACAUCAGCUGUAUGUCGAAUAUGCACUGAUGGAUCCUUUCGGCGAUGGCAUUCCCAUGAACCCGCACUGGCUAUACGACGCUCCAAACAUUGGCCAUUGCGCCACUUGUGACGUUUACAAAGACGUCAAGCCCCUGCAACGAUGUGGUAGAUGUGGUACAGCAGCUUAUUGCUGUCCUAUGCAUCAGAAGGUGGAUUGGCCUGUGCACAAAAGCAUAUGCAACAUGAACUUGGAGGAUAGAGGGCAGAUGUUGAAGAUCACCCAACAUAACGGGUUAAUCGGAUGGGAUCUUCCAAAAACGCUUGGAGACGAGGAUGAUGAUGACGAAGAGAAAAUGUCGAAGAAUCCCAACUUUGUCACACCGCAGUUGAAGAGGCAGCGUCAGAUGAAUGUACAGACCAGUCUUAUGUAA